AUGGGCUCUCGAUUCAUCCCCACUAUUGCCUCCCAAUCGCUGGGACGUGCAUGGUAUCACGGCCUCGAGGAGAAACUGGAACUCUGCUCCAAGUACGGGUUCGAGGCGAUCGAACUAUUUUUCGAGGAUCUCGAGGCCGUUGCAAAUUCGUUGCCCACUUCGCAUCCGCCGUCACCAGUGGGUACCUCGUUCGUCAAUUCAACAGAGAGGCAUGAAAGACAACUCGCGGCUGCCGACUAUAUCCAUGGACUCUGUUCCCAUUAUGACCUGGAAAUCCUAUGCCUCCAGCCGUUCAUGCAUUACGAAGGUCGCGUGGACCCAACAUCCCACGAGGCCGCGAUUGAAGAGCUGAAGUUUUGGAUCAAGCUAGCUCAAAGACUCGGCACCGAUCUGAUCCAAAUACCCUCCAGCUUUCUUCCCGCUUCAGAAUGCACGGGCGAUCGCGAUAGGAUCGUCGCGGAUUUAAGACAAGUCGCUGACAUGGGUCUGCACACUGGUCCACCCACUCGGUUUGCAUACGAAGCACUAGCUUGGGGAACACACAUUGAUAGGUGGGACUCCGCCUGGUCGGUAGUCCAGGAAGUGGACAGACCAAACUUUGGCACCUGUAUCGACACGUUCAACCUCGCUGGACGGAUAUUUGCCGAUCCAGCUUCUCCGUCGGGGCUAACCGCGGAUGCAUGCGACGAUAUUCGGAGGACGGUCGCAAUGCUAAAGACGGAGCUCCCUCUCGCGCUUGAUAAGGUCUUCUACGUCGAAGUUUGUGACGGUGAAAGACUGGCCGCACCACUGAGCGCCGGCCAUGAAUGGUACGACCCAAACCAACCAGCGAGGAUGACCUGGUCGAGAAAUGCACGCUUGUUUCCCUUUGAGGCCCCAGGAUACCUUCCUGUACUGGACAUUCUGGAGGCUGUGUGUGAAGCUGGGUAUACCGGUCACAUCUCGUUUGAGUUGUUCUCCAGGACGGCGAAUCAGCCGGAGAAGCAUGUCCCAGAGCAGCAUGCCCAACGUGGUGCCUUGGCGUGGAGGAAGCUGGUGGAACAUAUGUGCUGGUACCAGCAGACAAGUCGCCACAGCUCGGACCUGCUGCAUGAUCGUCGGUAUGCGAUGUCUCGGCUCUAG